AAUUGGUGUCCCGACCCCAAGGUUGAGAAUAGCUGUUCUAACCUACACGAUUGACGGUUUACUGCUGGACUACGCCCCCCACAAUGCAUUGCGUUUUCAACAUGGCGUCUCACAUAACCGCUUGACUCUUGUCAGUAAGACCAAAACACAAGUAAAAGUUAACUAGGAGAGUGUAUCGAGUCUACAUAGCAACAGGAGGAUGAAGGUGCCGCUGACAGUAUUGAGACGGGUCCAGACAGCAGCCGUGUUCUCCGGCCACCUCCGCUCUCUGAGCUCCGGGGCCAGCAGGCCGCUGCCGCUCCGUGAUCAGGCUCUGAUCUCCGGCUCCAGCCGGGAGCUGGUGCAGAUAGUGGGGUCCCAGGUGGAGGUGAGGACGGCCUUCAUCACUGAGGAGGAGGAAGGGGCUUUCCUGCGGGAGCUGGAGCCAGGCCUGAGGAAGAAACGCUACGAGUUCGACCACUGGGACGAUGCCAUUCAUGGGUACCGAGAGACUGAGCGUGUGACGUGGGGGGCAUCGUGUGAGGAGGUCUUGAAGCGUGUCCGAUCCGUAGCGUUCCCUGAGGGGAGUCCACUGCUCGGCCCUGUGCACAUCCUAGAUCUGGACAAGGCUGGCUACAUCAAGCCUCACAUCGACAGUGUCAAGUUCUGUGGCAGCACCAUUGCUGGGUUGAGUCUGCUGUCAGACAGCAUCAUGCGCUUAGUGAAGGAGGAUGCUACCAGUGAGUGGCUGGACCUGCUGCUGCCCCGACGCUCCCUCUACAUACUCAGGGACCAGGCCAGAUUUAACUUCACCCAUGAGAUCCUGAAGGACCAGGAUUCUGUGUUCAACGGACAGCGAGUGCCUCGGCUGCGUCGCAUUUCUGUCAUCUGUCGAAACCUUCCGGGUUAACACCUUCAACUUCCAGCCAGCUUUGAUAUGAACAGAGCAUAAACUGGAUUUCAAUAAUUGUAUCUCUUUAGAUAUCAAAGCAGAUAACCCAAGUUUUUUUGGGUUAAUAUAUUAUUUAUGUCUAUGGUGAAGUGUCCAGGACACAUAUCAGCUGAGACACUCUCCAUACUGUGCUACUGAGAGAUAUUGAUUGGGCUGAGUCACACCUCACAGUGAAGAAUACUAAACUGAACCAGUGAUUUGUAUUACAGAGUUUAUGAUUGAAUGUGCCCAUUAUUAUCAGACUUCAUUCACUGGAGCAUGAGUUUGAACAUUAUUUCAACAACCACUUGCUGCUGCAAAAUAUGUCAGCUAUAUUUUUUAAUAUGUUUGUAUGUCCAAUGUUGAAAGGCAGGGAAGCUCCUUCAAAUCUAAAUAGUUUUUAUCUACUGCCAUCCCUAUUAUUUGUAAAUCUACUUCUGUAUAAUAAAUCCAAAUGAAAUGAAAUCGAACUUUGAUCAUUCUAUUCUUUCGAGGUAGACUGGAGCUCUUUCCAUUAUUCUUCCACCCUCACAAUGUGUUCAAACAUGUAUCUCAACUGCAAGUUCUCAACUGCAAGUUCAGCUCACCCUACAAAGUCUAAAACUGCUUUUAAGUUACUUCUUGAACACAGCCCUGGUCUGCCCAGCAUCUCUGUUCAUGUUUUAGAACCACAUUUAUUUAGAAUUGAAUAGAGACCAGGAAAAAAAACAUACAUCAUAUGCUACAACCCUACAAAGUCUAACUGCAGUAACUACACAGAGGGUUAAACUGAGAAAAACUGCUUUAAUGUUUUUUAACUGGCCAGCCAAAUGGGUUAUAGGUAGAUUAGUCACAUGACACUUAUUUCUACAUGUAUUGAUGUCAUUUUUAUGCUCAGAAAUUCCUGAUUGUUUAUUUGACCUUUGACCCCAAAAAUGUAGUUACUGU